GAAGUGUCGAGCAGGAAGCAGUCCGAGUGCCUCUCGGGCGCUUGGUUCGGCCACUUUCGUUUGUGGUAUCCGUCCCAGCCUGCUCCCGGCGAAGCACGGAGACACACGGGAUUAGGAGCAGCAGAUGCUCCGGUCCUCGGAGCGCAGGACGUCCCCGGUCACACCGACGUGUCUACCUGUGCCUGUGGAAGCUCCCGUUAUCAGCAGCGAGGGAGGCGCAUUACAGGGAGGCUCAGCACGCUGCAUCAGCGGGACUCUUUAUUCUAAAGCAGCAGGUUUAACGGGGCCUGUCAGUCUUAGUUAGUCAGGCAGUCUGGUGGAGCCGGCCCGAUGUGAUUGGGUGGAGGUGGUGGUCACUCUGGCUGCUGGUGUCAUGGUUCCAGUCGGAGAUGGGCCCGAGCUCUUGUUCGUCGGCGCAAACAGCGCAGUGAUACGCGGUGAUGCGGAUCUCUUGCUGUAAAUCCACCUGCAGCCACCGUAAGGGCUGCUGUUCCUAAUAAUGUGCCUUUAAUGCUUCCGCAGGGCUCUGCGUGUAUGGCCGGCUCCCGGUGCCGUGGAACUGCGGCAUCCAUCAAACGUGCGGGAUGACGGAAGGAACCGAGCCUCCUCUCUCACCCACACGCUGAGGAGGCGUUCAUGGGCAGCGGGAAUUCCAAACACUGCGUGACUUGAACGAGUUGAAACUUUGUCAGGCAGGAGCUGUUGGGGCAGCAUGGGGGGGUGAUGAACAGAUGAGACGUUUGGCUCAGUAACGGAAGAAGGACAUAAACUGAGCAGUAACCUACAGCACACACUGGGGCGACCACAGCAGCGCCGUGGUUAAACAAUACUGUCGGCUCAUUGGUCUCUGUGACACUAUGAUGGUGGGAGGCACCAUCACCUCGUACCCGAGGACUGCGGUGGUCUGAGAAUCAGGGUUUCAGAGCAUCUGGAGAACUGUCAGCACUAUGGACUACCACUCCGAGUGCUGCUUCUGUGACCCUGAGGAGGGUCACGGCAGCCUCGAUGAGCCAGCUCUGCAUAGCAUCCACGCACCCAACCGGAUCCGGCCCUCCUCGUACCGAGCCUUGAGGAGUGCUGUGUCCAGCCUGGCCCGCAUCGAUGACUUCUUCUGUGAGAAGAUCGGUUCAGGCUUCUUCUCGGAGGUCUUCAAGGUGCAGCACAGGAUCACAGGGCAGGUCAUGGCACUGAAAAUGAACACGCUGGCUAGCAACAAAGCUAACAUGCUACGAGAAGUGCAGCUUAUGAACAGGCUGUGCCAUCCCAACAUUCUUAGGUUUCUCGGGGUUUGUGUGCAUGAAGGUCAGCUGCACGCUUUGACUGAGUACAUAAACGGGGGUAACCUGGAGCAGCUGUUGGACAGUGACCUGUAUCUGUCGUGGGGAGUCAGGAUGGCUCUGUCUCUGGAUAUCGCCCGAGGACUGCAGUACCUGCACAGUAAGGGCAUAUUCCACAGGGACCUCACAUCCAAGAAUUGUCUGGUUCGCUGUGAGAAUGGCACGUUCACUGCUGUGGUGGGAGACUUUGGCCUGGCAGAGAAGAUCCCUGAUUACAGUGAAGGUUCAGAGAAGCAGCCUCUGGCCAUUGUGGGCUCUCCGUACUGGAUGGCCCCUGAGGUUCUGAGAGGAGAACUUUACAACGAGAAGGUGGAUGUGUUUGCUUAUGGCAUCAUCCUGUGUGAGAUCAUUGGCCGGAUUGAAGCUGAUCCUGAUUUUUUACCGAGGACAGAGGACUUUGGUUUGGAUGUGGAUGCAUUCGAGAACAUGGCCGGGGACUGCCCACCAGCAUUCUUUAAUCUCGCCGUGACCUGCUGUAACAUGAAUGCAGAGAGUCGACCCUCGUUCUCUGACAUCGUCUUCACGUUGGAGGCCCUGGAGAGAGAGCAGCAGGGAGAGACGCCUGUUGCACUUGAGCCUGUGGCAGCAGACGUCAGCCCGUACCGAUGCCGAAGCUCUCCCUAUCACCCUGCGGACCACACUCAGCUAUGGCAAGGCUUGGCCAGGAGCCAGUCAGACACGAUACCUCCAGGAAGCCUGCCUUCUCCUUUACUCGGGACCCCAGCAAGGGUCAACCCGUUCUCUCUCAGACAGGACUUAAACGGAGGACGGUGCAAACUGCUGGACACUCCCAGCAAGUCCGUCAUCUCGCUGACCUUUACCCUACCUGCACUUCCUGACAUGUGCACCUCCCCCCACCUUCUUAAAAAAGCGUCAGGGAUGAGAGUGCCUCCAAGAAGGUGCCAGUCUCUGCCCUGCACCCCAGAGCUCAGCCGGACUGUGGCUCUGCCCAGACACGCAGCGGGGGAGGAAGAAAAAAAGGAUGAGGACGCUCGAGAGGCGGCCAUGAAGCACAGGACGUGGGAGGAUAUGAAGGAUGACACAAGGAAGGGGACGAAGGUUUCAGAGAGAAUACAAGGAAGGCUGCACGUUGACCAUGCAGACAUGAGACAUGAGCCAAGUGUGAGGAGAGAGUCUUUUGGAAAGGAAAUACAGGUGGCAGAGGAUCCUGGUUUUCCUGUAGAAUUGGAAAUGGUGUCUCUGGAGCGAUUGGAAGAGGAAGAUGACGAAGAAGAGGAGGAGAGCAUAAGUUUUACAGAAGCCAUGGACUGCACCAAAUCUCCUGAGGCAACAGACAGGAUCGUGAACGCUACACCUGAAAGACCAUUGCUCACCUCUACCUCCUGCAACUCCAUACGGACCAAGGGCUGGCGGCUUCCCUUCUCAACGUCUGCCUUGCCUCCUCUGCCACGACUCAACAACAACAACGGCUCAGGCCUGGUAAUCAGUCAGCAAGUGCAGUGGGGUCGAGGAGGCCGCUCAAGUGACUACAGUGGAGCCCUGUCCUCAGACCCAAGGGGGCCCUCUGAGCAGGACGAGGCAAUUUCCUGUCCAGGCUGCUGCCUGGUAGGCCUGAGUUUCCCUUCGGUGUGCCUCCGUGGUUCAGCUGCCAUACCUGCCCCCCGCAGAAGGGCUUCGUUACCACGGCAGCGGCCCUACCGGAACCUCAACGGUACCAUAACUGGUGGCAGCGCUUCGUCGUCAGCAGUCACAACCAAAACAUUACUGUGUCACAACACAAAUGGAUUAGUGGGUGCGGGGCCCUCUGUGUCGUGUGAGCCCGGCCGCUCCCUGCCAGAAGCCCAGUCGUAAGAAUCCUCGAAGGUGCUUGUUUUGAACUCGUGGCAAAGUGAAGUGGACAAAGGCAUAAACAAUAAAUGUAGUGGGUACUCAAUGCUUAAUACUGACUCUAGCAGCUGUGCAGUCACUGUAGCCUGUGCUAACACACUGCUGAUUAGAGCGCCAUCUAUUGGGCUGGAGGAUUAAACAUAACUGUCACAGUGAGAAGCAUGGUGGCAUAAAGGAAGAGGUGGCCAGGGUUCAGCUGCUUACUUUAUUACUUCCAACAUUGUAUGCUGAGCAGAUCUAUACAUCUAACCAGUCAGGGUUAACGUUACUGCCUCUGGGAUGGUGCUCGUUCAGACAGAGCAGCUAGUCUGGCUUACACUGAACUCCCAUCUCCACUGAAGCAAACACGCUCUAUGUGGAACUGGUUUCCAGACAUGUGACAAAGAGGGGCAGGCCUGACUGAAUCCACUUGCCAACUGGGCAGUCAUUAGCCAACGAGCUAAUCCUCCUUUUUGAAACGUGGCAUAAUCACCUUACAAAAUCGAUUCCAUUUUUUAUUCAGUAUGACGUCAAAUCGAGUGACUGAACUCGGCAGCAAAGUGCCUCCAGAGGACUGGAAAUCUUUUUUGCAACCACAGCUAUCAUCAUCGGCUCCCUUGAGAUGAAUGCAGGUUUACAGGCACUUCCACAUUGGCUUCAUUUUUCCUAACAGGAAGCUACAUCCAUAUUUUAUACUGUGUCCUCAGUGAUGAGUGACGAGAGCUAAAUGGCUAAAUUAUUUAAAUUAUUUAUUUACAUCUCUGUAUAGACAAUUUCUAGAUGU